CUAGAAAUAAACUCAUCAUCUCUUUCCUGAAACAUCUGUCCCUAAUAGAAUGUAAGGGUUAAUUUUGAGACAUCUCCAUACAGGGACAUAAGAAGCUGAACAAAACUUCAGAUGUGAAGGCUGAGAAAUAGACAUGUAAUCAAGAAUGGUUUUUAGUGGGUGGCUCUUGGUUUUAGCUGCUACUCUUGUAGGCCACGCCCACCGUAGCUCCGGAUCCACGGUUCUGGUGAGUUACACCUGCAGUAAUGUAACGGCUGAGCACCAGGUGCCGGAUGAGGUCAACGUCACAGUAGCCACAGCUCAAAACGCCACAGUCCAGCUUCAACUGACUCGUGUUGCUCACAUCAACUUUGACAUCCCUGUCUACCUGUUAAAGGCUGACCAAGGUGGGCAGUACUCGAGGUCAAGAAGAGAGAUAACUCCAAGAGAGAAUAAAGGUUUUUAUCAAGAUGUUACCAACCAGGCUUACAUGCAGAUUGAAAGGCAGCAAGGCAGUGACCACAAUGAGGUUCAACUAUCUUUUAAAGGAGAUUUUGUGACCGAUGGUCAGGUGUUCACACUGGUGCCCCCACAGCGCAUGGUGAGAGACACAAUAACACACUGCUACAUGGGCUACCAUCUACUGGCUAAAAAAAGGAAGAAACUUUAUUUUGCUGACUCAGUUCAUUCAUCUAAAGAAUCAUCUUUGAAAGAGAGAAAACACAACCUAAAACCCAUAUCCAAAGAAGAUGGCAUGCCCAUGUUGUACAUUGAUCUUGCUGUCUUUGUAGACACCUGUGUGUGGGAAAGAUUUCUUCACAACACUGACAAUGAAACAGCUUUUCAAGAUCUCCUUGAGUAUUAUGCUUUUAUCUUCAAUGGGAUUGAUACCAGGUAUAAAGGGAUCAAGUCAAUGGACUACACCAUCAAUGUUUUAUUGGGUUCCAUCAAUAUUCUCGAGAUAGACACACUCUUCAAAAAUGAGGAUACUGAUGGUCAUGCUGAUGCCAAGAACAUGCUGAACACACUGGCUGCAUUCACCAUCUCUCCCUGGUCCAUUCCAUUUUUGUACUAUGACCAUGUGAUGCUGUUUACAGGGUUGGAUUUGUUUGAUAAAGUAACAAAAACAGACUAUUUGGGGAUUUCAUUCAAUGGUUCCUUAUGUAACAAAUUUGGCUUGAGCGCAUCAGUCAUUGAAGAUAAAGGUGACUACAGUGCAAUGGAGACAGCUACCCAUGAGCUGGGCCACAGUCUUUCUGCUAAUCAUGAUGGUGAAGACAAUGAAUGUAAGACUGAAGAUCGCUAUAUCAUGGCAAAGGGCAGUCUGCAUGAGAACCAAGGGACAGAACUCAAUCCAUGGCUGUUCUCCCCUUGCAGUAUUCGUAGUUUUACUGAACACAUUGGAAAGUUGUUAAAAACAUUUAUAGGGACUGUCUGUUUAACUACCUCACUAACAACCAACUAUGUUUUCCCUAACGUGUCUAAUCGUCUGCUGGGCCAGGAAAUACCACCAGAUCACCAAUGUCAACUCAAGCAUGGAAAUGGAUCUUUUUACUGCAAGCUUCUUCCUGACAUCAAGAUUUGUACUGAGCUGACUUGUUUCAGACCAGGAAAAAAUGAUUGCACAGUGCACCAUGCUCUGAUGGGAACUUCUUGUGGUAAUAAAAUGGUGUGUAAAGAAGGCAGAUGUGUGCAUGAUGAUUCUGCUCUACAAGUUGAAGGUGAUUGUCUAUUCGGUGACUCUGCCCCUGGUCUAUUUCUACCAGAGCCAUGCCCCAGUCUCAUCAAGAAAUUUAAUGGCCUGUGUUAUGCUGCUGGUAUUGAGAGGUUGUGCUGUGCUUCAUGCAGGAACAUCUCCAGGCCUGACGAAAGCUGUAAAUAUGGUGACAAUAUGGCCAACUGCAGCAAGGCCAACUGCCAUAUAGUAACUGGCCACAUAGACUGCUGUGAGAGCUGUUCAUUUCCUCAGUCAGUGAUAGCAGCUAAACCAAAAGUAAGGUCAGGUGUGGAUACUGCAACAGAAAAAAACCAGUGCAUGGACCACCCAGACUCGAUGACAAAUAUCUCCUGCAUCCCCAUCUCCAUUAUGUUCCCUUAUCUGUGCUACAUUGAGGAUGUGCGUGCAGCCUGUUGCGCAUCAUGCAAGAUUGUAAACACAAAAGAGCAAGGCUGUGAGUAUGGGACGUAGUGGUCUGGCGGUAGAGAGCUGGACUGCUAACCCGUAAGUCUUGAUUUCGAAUCCGGGUUCAUGUCAGUAGAC